AGCGACCGGCCGGUCGACUUGGUUCUUGCUCGAUUGCGAACUUGCCACUGCUAUGGCUGGUGCUAAGCUCUCGAAACGUCCGAGAAAAGCUUCCACGUGAAGUAUUCCGCCUCAAUUUGCUUCCGUGUGACAAAGUAAGUAAACAUGUCGAUUUAAGAUAUGAUUUUUGAUUGUGUUUUCCAAACGAUUGAAAGCAAGCUGUUAUGGUUUGUGUUGUCCGUAGCGUGUUCGAGCGCUAGCAUAAUAGCGCCCGAAAAGCUAGCUACGAUUCAGAAUUCAAAAGAGGGGCAUAGCAUGGGCAUGAGGGAGAAGAACUUGCUGCACUGCGUGCGAUGAAUUUGGGCCUUGAUUCGGGCCGGGUAGGCUUUGGAACGGUCGACGGUUAGCUUUUGAAACUUCCCGUUGAGCUUGUUGCCAUUCGUACUCAAGAGCAAGAAUACUUGCUCGUGCCUUGGGACCAUUUGUUUGCAACAGCAGACAUAUUGACAUCCUGGCUUUAGUAUUCUGAAAGACCUUCAGAUGAAGUGCAUUUCACCUAAAUGCCUGAGAAGAUAGAUAAUCCAUGUUGGUGAGGAGCUAAGUCUAUGAAAUGAUCAUUUUGCCUACCCAAUUGAAUCCGUCGUCAGUCAUUCAUGAAAAAGUCAAGAUUUGAAAGUAGCUGUCAACAGAGUCGUCUAAAACCAAAUGACAAUGUCAUGCAUGGAGGUGUUUUUCCGUCACGACCUUUUGCCACACUUGCGGAUGGCGGAGCGAGACGAGCGACGCUUCGCCGAAGUGUCGCGGGAGUCCGUCAAGUUGAUGGCCGAGAGCGCCGGCGUGGAGCUCGACGACGACGUGGCCGCUCUGCUGGCCGAGGACGUGUGUUACCGGCUGAGGGAGGCCACGCAGGGCGGCUCUCAUUUCAUGAGACAUGCGAAGAGAAGGAAGCUGACAGUGGAAGACUUGAACAGAGCUCUGCGCUGGAGCAAUGUGGAGGCCAUCUGCGGUUACGGCUCCCAAGAAGCGCUCGCUUUCCGCUCGGUGAAAGAAGGGGAGCUUUUCGUCAGCGAGGAGCGCGAGGUCAACCUGGUCGACUUGGCCCUGGCCACCAACAUUCCCAAGGGCUGCGCCGAGACCAUGGUUCGAGUGAGCGUGUCGUACCUGGACGGAAAAGGAAACGUGGAACCCCAAGGAACGGGUAAGACACCGAGCGGGGCGCCGCUCAGCGCCCCCGCCGCCGCCGCCGCUAACCGCCGUCUCUCCCAAGUUCCCUCGGCGGUCCAGUCGCUGUCGGAGGAGCUGCUCAAGUACUACCAGCAGGUCACGCGCGCCAUCCUGGGAGACGACCCCCACCUCAUGAAGGUGGCUCUGCUGGACCUGCGCUCCAACUCCAAAAUUGCUGCCUUGCUUCCAUACUUUGUUUACGUCAUCAGCGGGGUGAAGUCGGUGAGCCACGACCUGGAGCAGCUCAACAGGCUCCUGCACAUGGUGAAGAGCCUGGUCCAGAACCCCUAUCUGUACCUGGGCUCGUACGUGCGCAGCCUGGUCUCCAGCGUCAUGUACUGCAUCCUGGAGCCCCUGGCCGCCUCCAUCAACCCGCUCAACGACCACUGGACCCUCAGGGACUACGCCGCCCUGCUCCUCAGCCACAUCCUCUGUCUUGCCCCGCCCGGCCGAUUUGCCUCCAGGACCCACGGCGAUCUGGUGAGUGGGCUGUACCACCAGAUUCUGCUGUCUCUCCAGAAGGUUCUGUCGGACCCGGUCAGACCGCUGUGCUCCCACUACGGCGCUGUGGUGGGCCUCCACGCGCUGGGAUGGAAGGCUGUCGAACGGGUUCUGUUCCCGCAUCUUCCCGCCUACUGGGCCAACCUGCAGGCUGUGCUAGACGACUACUCUGUGUCCAACGCUCAGGUCAAAGCAGAUGGACACAAGGUCUACGGGGCCAUCUUGGUGGCGGUAGAGCGCUUGCUGAAGAUGAAAGCGCUGGCGCUGUCCCAGCCGGCGGCCGUAGCCGACGGAGGCGCCGGUGCCCAUCCGGGCUCCGCCGCCGCUGCUGCUCUGGGCUACGGGGUGAGCUCGCCCGCUCUCAGCCCGCCACCGGAACAUCUGUCCGAGGCCGCCCUGGGCAUCGCCAGCCACCUUCAGACGGGCGGCGGCGGGUGCCCGUGGGAGGACUGGGCCCCCGUCCCGCUGCCCGCCAUGUACUGCGAACUCUACUCCUUCUUCGGGGACAGCCUGGCCGUGCGCUUCAGCAGCGGGCCCGGCUUCCGCGGCGGGCCCGCUGCGGCGGCCGGCGACCCGGCGCGGCCCGGCGACGCCAGGAAGGACCCCCCGGGGCCCGCCUCCAAUCACGACACGGCGCGCAAGAUGCCCCAGCUCACAGCCAACCUGAGCAUCAGUCCCAGGCACGACGGCAGUCCUCGGACAGACCCGGCCCCGCCCAGCCUGGCCGCUACUGGAUCCGGAAGGGCUGCGGCCGGCUCCUCCUCCUCCUCGGUGGAGCGCUCGCGAUGGUCCGCGUCGCGGCCGGGCCAGCGGCAGUCGGGUCCGUCUCGCGACGUUUUCCCCAAAGCUCGCUUCAGCUCCCCUCAGGCGCGACCCCUCGUCUUCUCCUUCCUCAUCGGCGGCAGACAAAUGGGCCGCAGUUGCCGGGGCCGUCGACCUUUCCAGACCGCCUUUGCCCUCCCGCCGGCUCCGGCGGCCGUCCCGCCGCGCGCCUACGCCCACAAGCUGCCCGUCAUCGGUCGGGUGGGAAAACCCGUUCGCCGUUGGGUGCGCUCCCACUAUUCUCUCCACCUUCCCCUUUAGGUGCGAGCUCUGUUGUACAUUUGCUUCCGGACAGAAUACUGGUCCACGGUCGACCGUUUGAGUUUUACAAAGCGUAAUAAAUGGAAAGGUGUGUUUCACACCUUUGACGUUUUCUUACAGGUCCUA